CUCUCUCUUUUGAGCUUUGUUUUUUUCCCCAAUCUGUCCUCAGUUCUUUUCCUUCUCCCAUACAAAACUUUUCACCAAUCAUAAUCAACAACCCAAAUUUGUAGGGCAGAAUUUUCAUGACUUUCUACUUGAGCAUCUGAAUCUGGGUCAUUAGAUGAGUUAAAACCUAUCGUGGUGGUUCUCUUGGGAAAAAAAUGAAAAUGCAGGACUGGAUUUAUGCCAAUUGUAGUAGCAUAUCAGUCAUCUUUCAUAGGUACCUUGUGAGCUAGAAGUUUGGAUGCCCAUCUUCGGGGAUCUUAAAGGAAAAAGAGUCAAUGCUUUGGGUCAUGUAUUGCCAAUCAAUCUCUAGAAAACAUACUGGAAUGAUACAACUCUCAGAGACCGACAGAUAGAGAGAAAUUAGUAACUAAUACCACAUAUAGGUAUAGCUAGUAAUAUUUAGUAACUAAUUCUCAUUUAUAGCUAUAGCUAGUAAUAUUCUGAAGCUCGACUAUAUAAAUAUGAUCGAGCCGCUACGAGAGAGAGAGAGAGAGAGAGAGAGAGAUGAGGAGAAGCAGCACUUACUAUGAUAAGAAUGAUGGACUGAAGAAAGGAGCCUGGGCUGCAAGUGAAGACCAGAUUGUCAAAGACUACGUCAAAAAACACGGCAUCGGAAAAUGGGGCAAACUAACUAGGGAAACAGGUCUGAAGAGAUGUGGGAAGAGUGUGAGACUUAGGUGGAUGAACUAUCUGAGGCCUGAUAUCAUCAGAGGCUACAUUAAAGAAGAUGAAGAAGAGCUCAUCAUCAGGCUCCACAAACUCCUGGGAAACAGAUGGUCAUUGAUAGCUGGAAGGAUACCAGGGCGAACUGACAAUGAAAUCAAAAACUACUGGAAUUCCACCUUAAAGAGGAAGCUGGAACAAGAAAAUCACUUAGAAGUGUUUAAAGAUGAGGAGAUCAAGGAGGACUUGCCAUCCUCUGUUGCUGCUGCAGAUGAGGAAAACCCACGUUUGACCAAAAACAAUGUCGUUGAAGACGAAGAUCAUCAUCGUCAGCAUUACGAUGUUGACGUUGGAGUUGGAGUUGGAGUGGAAGCAACUAAUAAUAACGGUAUUGGUGAUGAUGAAUAUCUGAGGGAUGACCUUUGGUGGAACAAUUUCAUAGUGGAUUUCAAUGACACCCAACUCGAUGUAUCUGACUUCCAAACCGACUUCCCGUGAAUUGGGAAUCUAAGGCGAACAUUAUCGACGUCGGAGAUUGCUGCACCGAUCAACAAGACAUGCCAAAUAAUAUUGCUUGAGCUACAUAUUAGUUCAAGAAAAUGUAUCACUUAUCCCCUUGGGUGAUUAACUUACUAGAUUUGAUGCAUAAAUAUAUAUAAUCCAUUAAUAUUUAGACAUUCAUAAUAUUAAUCACCAUAUGAUAGUGACCAAAUUUACCGUAGAUAUCCAAGAUGUCACUUGCAAUAUUGUGUAAUAAAGUGUUUAACGAUUUAGGGAUCAAGGCAAGUUCAAGUCUGGAAGGAAGAUGAACAAGAUAUCUCACAUACUACAAUCUUGGGGAUCAAGGCGAAUCCAAGCUGAAGUCUGGAAGGAACAGAGACAUACAAUAUUGUGUAAUCCUAUG